AUGUCUGGCCAGAAGAACGUUCUGUUGUCGCUGGUGGAUUACACGGAGGAUUCAGAGUCCCAGUCAGACAGCGAGGCUGGAAUGGAAGUGGCUGGAAGGGUGACCGGAGCAGAGAAAAAAGGGGGCUUGGUGUCCGAAGCCUACGCAGAUGAUUUUCCUCAACUUGAGGGAGAUCAAGACAGUUACCAAGAAGGGGAUGAAGAAAACAUCGGACACUCAGAAGGUGCCGAUUCGAAGACCAAAAAGCCGCAGGCUGAUGCUCCAAAGGAGUUUAGAGACCUGGAAAAGAGAGAUCCCCAGGAGCUGUUUGCGUCUUUCCUGGAGAGCGUCAAGAACCUGUCUCCCGAUGAGAUUAACAUCCCCCCAGAGCCACCUGGCAAGUGCUCAAGUCACCUCCAGGACAAGAUAAAAAAACUAUAUGAGCAGAAAAUAAAGGAAAAGAAGGAUAUGAAUGACCUCAUUCAGAGGAAGAAGGAAUUUCGGAAUCCCUGUAUCUAUGAGAAGCUUAUCCAGUACUGUUCUAUUGAUGAACUUGGCACCAAUUAUCCCAAGGAUAUUUUUGAUCCCUCUGGAUGGUCUGAGGAUUCCUACUAUGAGGCACUAGCUAAGGCACAGAAGAUUGAGAUGGACAAAUUGGAAAAAGCCAAGAAGGAGAGAACAAAAAAUGAGUUUGAGAGAGGCCCCAAGAAGGGCACCACAAGCAAUGCCCCAGUCAUGGCCAGCACCGGGGCUCCAGCUGCUCAGAAGAGAAAGAGCAAGUGGGAUUGUGCUACCCCAGGGACCAGGACAGCCCAGCCUACCAUCCUUACCCUAACAACUCCCUUACCAGCCAUUGGCACAGUGACAACCAGUGCUAGUGGCUCCAAAACUACAGUCAUCUCAGCUGAGGGCAUCAUUGUGAAGAAAGCCAAGCAAUGUUAG